CAGAACUCAUGUAUAGAUGCCCAAGGAUGAGGCACUGCCUCUUGGCCCAUCCUGGAAGGCCAUCCUGCCUCACGUCAUGGAAGAUGUCAGGAGAAGUUGUGGGAGGUUAGGUCUGUAACUGCAGCUUCUGCAGAAGGAACCAGCCAGAUGCACUUUGCAUCCUGUGGACCUCCUAAAAUUUUCCCCUUUUUCCUCUGGAAGGCAGAUCACUCCCAACAGAAAAAUCUGCAAGAACCUCUCUGCUGUUAAACUCGAGCGUUUCCUCCCGUUCGUGGGGAACAAGGUACUUCCAGCCAGUGGCCGUAAAAUAACUAGAGAGAACGACAAAGCCCAUGCACAGGUCAAGAAGUGCCCCUGUGUUUGCCCGGUCAAGUCCAAUCCACAUGCCCCACCUUGUAUUGCGUGCUCUAGAAAUGGGCCAUCAGCUCUUCCGACUGAAUGCUUGCAAAGCCCCCUGUUCUCUGGGCUUGUGCGAAGGAAUCGAGCAAGGAUGCAAAUGUGGCUUUGGAGACUGGUACAAGAGAGGAGAAGGAGGAGGACCUUGUCCCUCUGUCUGGCUAAACAGCAGAUCUUUCACAGUUCUCUUUUCAUCCAAGUUACAGUGCCCGACAAUGUUCUGUCUUGUAGCUGACACUGCCCUGGUGCCGUGGGGCCGGCGUGGGAAUGCUGUGGUGCCUGCGAGAAACAACAGCGGGCUGACAGAAACACAGGAUAGGAUGUACACAUAUCUGCAUGAAAAUGGACCUCAGAGGGCUUUAAGCAUUGCCAAACACCUUGGGAAGCAGACGCAAAAGGACGUCAAUCCAGAUUUAUAUGCACUGAUGAAAAAACAUCUCCUCCACUUCAAUGAGGAACAGAAACUGUGGUCAUGUUAUAGCAAGGGAGCAGAUUACAAAGCAACAGGUCCUGAAGUGAAGUCGCAUAUAACCUAUAUUCUUCAGGCUAAUCCAAUAAACAAUAUUUGUCUGCCAGGGGAUCACAGCGCUGUUCAUAUUUCUCAUUCCACUGCUACACAGAUUGGGCAUAACAAUACUGCAAACGUGAUGGAUAAAAACGAUGAUUGUAACCCAACUGUUUGGAGUUCUCCGUGUUCAACAAAGACUGCCAAGACCUCAUACGAUGACUCGGAAGCUAAAGCGGCUAUGCCGUGUGACCAGGACAUCCAGGUGACUGAGUCCGUGCUCAGAAAUGUUCUGGUUGGUAAUCAAAAUCAAAUGGAUGUUAUCAAGACAGACGUUGUUGACAGCCCAGCAGAGCAGGUGGGCCAAUGUGGAACUUCAGAAAAAGAUUCGUUUGGUCAAAUUCCUUCUAGCCGUUCUUCAUUUUCACUGCAUAACAGCACACCCAGUAGGACAGGGGGAACUUCAUCACAGAGACUCGGCAUCGAUAAGUCUACUCUGGACAAUGUCAUGAUUGGAAAUGCCAAUCAGAUGAGCGUUCGUGAUGGGAUUGCUUUUGCUGACCUCGCAGACUUGUCAGCAAAUAAGGACGAUGACACCUCAGAUUCUGAUUCGACAUCCAACGAAGCUGAAAGGAUAUCUGGUGAUGACAACAACCUGGAUCAGUCCUCCGAUAUUUCCAUCCUUUGUGCCACGUUAAAAAACACAGUCCUUGGGAACAACAAUAACCUGAAUAUAGUAGAAUUAGUGGAUUCUGAGUCUGAUUCAGAAAAUGGAGGUGAAUAAAAGACACAUGGGGAAAGAUGACAUCUUACUUUUUAAAUCCCUGCAAAACUUCACAAACGGGAGCAAGUAAAUGUACUGGUUCUAAUGAUUUUUGCUAUGGAAAAGCAUAGAGAAUAAUUGGGCUAGGGGAGAGCCUUGUGUUAGCUGCUUGCACAAAACAUUGAAAAGGGAGAAGGAACACAUUUCUUUUUUUGAAUAAGUUGUCUUGUAAGAGAGGAAAAAUAAAUAGAGGAUUAAUCUUAGUUUACCUGUGAACUUUCGAAGCCCUGGAAACAUGAUAAGCCUCCAAAACUGCCCAGAACUGUUGAAAACCUCAUGCUGUGGUCAGGAAUGGAUUUUCAAUGGCAGCUGAAAUGACGCUUCCCCACGCCAGUACUGAACAGGCGGAGCGGACAUGAUCCCACAGUGUGAGCUAAGCCUUCGCUUGGUAGGCAGAGCAUUCGGAUGCUGCCUUUUGAAGACUAGGGCUUUUAGGGAGGAGGGCCGGGAAGGAAGAAUAUGAAGCUUAAUGCUUUGUUUAAUUAAGAAUCCUAGGACUCGGCUCUACCUAAACAGGGGACCGGGGGCUGUGAAGCAGAUGCAACCCUGCCCCACAGAGCUUAUGCCAUGCUAACAGAGACGUGGAGCUGGGACAAUGCAAACUGGAACGUCCUACCUCGCAAGCUGGAAGGAGGGAAGCCCAACCAGUUGCACAGAGCUGUUUAUGGUUUGCACUGCAAGAACAACUGUGCUGACUUUGUCCCUGCCUAGGAGCAUGGCCCGGCAGAAACUGUGGUUGCUAUUGGAGUGCAGCGUUGCCAAUGCUCACUCGCACAGGGCUUGAGGGCUACCUCAGGACUAAAUUAGGAAGUGCCCGAGAUGCACGCCACAUCACUUCUGCUUAUGCUUCACCCUGACGGGGACAGGAUAUAGAUAGCAGCCUUAGUGUAGCACUGCGUGAGUGCUACAAGCUCCCUCUCUUGGGUCUGUUUUGGGGUGCAGUGGAUGUGGUAGUGGAGUUGAAGCACUUCAUUGUGGCACUCGCUUCUGAGCCAAGUGGCUCAAGGUGGGGGAGAUAUGCCCACACCAUACACUGAUUUGCUAAAAGCCCCAGUUCCUUGAGCUCAGUAUCUUUUGCCUUUUAUCUAAAAGGAUUGAAUGUCUAGGCUCCAGGAUGCUGCAAGAAGACUAAGCUUGUGUACACAGUGUGACCUAAAUGUCCAGAUGUCAAAAUAUGAUGUGAAAGAAAUUAUUUUUACCAAUCUUAUGACUUUAAUGCCACACUCAUGAUUAUUUUUUGGAGCCUGACUCAUAGUAUUUGGAUGCUUGGGACUGGCAAUAUUACAAGAAUUCGCCAUGUUGUGUGUUGAAUGUUUUGUGCCAUCCAUGGAAGUAACUAUGGUACUGUUUUACAUCAGAUAUUCAGGACCAAUAUUUCCUGACCCUUUCUUUGAAAAGUUUACCAGUAGACCUUGGCUUCCCCUGGCAGAAAGAUAUGGAUGUAGUUGGGUUUUUUCUAGCGCUAACAUCAUUUCCAAGUUGACUGGGAAACAAGGAGAUUUCUAGCUGAGUGUGAAAAAUGUUCUGAACUGAAGGAGCAUGGAAGGAAAUUUGAAGGAAAACAUGCAGCCUUAGAGAUGGAAACCACAUACCCCAAAGUCAACAUCUUGAAUAUUGAUGGGGUUUUUUUCCUUUUUCAUUUCUGCAGAGGUUUUCCUUAUAUAUAAUUAAUGUGUCACUAAUAUACUGACAAAGCAUUUCUGAUGGCUUGUCAAAGGCUAGAGGCAGAGGUUUACUUAAUCUGUUCUGAAGAAAAAUGACUAGCUGCCAAUUAACAUUAAACUACUAUAGGCAUUAAUGGCCUGAUCCGAGUUUCAUUAAUGAGGACGAUUUGGCCUUGGAUCACCUGCUAGCUAAAGCUGCAGGUGAUUUGGUUUCAUUUUUGAGUUCACUUUCAAGUUCCUGUGAAUGAGUGCAAUGUGGCAAUAUUUAGGUUUGCCAAAAAUUGCAGGAAACUUUCCCCCAAACCCAUUUCAUUAAAAGGCAUAAUAAUUAUGGGGAUAUUUCUAUGGAUCUUGCAUCCAGUAAGGCUGGUUAUUUUAAAAAUUCUAAUUUAGGGAACCCAAUUUUCCCAGCACUGGAGCCUGGCAUAGAGUAGUUCAUGGCAUCUUGCUGCCACUCCAGCAGCAUGAGUUCAAGUCCUGCUUCAAAAUCAUACUGAAGGCUGCCCCCCGUCAAUCCAGCUGCAAUAUCUGGCUAUUCCAGCAGGAGAGUCAAAGGAAGCCAGAUGUGAUGCCAGCCACAUCGCUGCCACGUGUGCCCUUGGCUAUUGAAGGUGGCACAUACCCACAGUAGCCUGGUGGACUAUCUCAGGCAGGUCUCAGAUUUUUUUAAUUUUCCUGACAGUGUCCUUUCAUAUAAUACUACUGGAACUAACAGAGAUAUUGAGUUUGUGUGUUAAGGAUCUCUUUUUUAGGGUCAUGAAUUUUAUCUGUAGAUCAGCUAUAACAUUGUAGGCAUCCAUGAAUGCAUUACUACAGGCAUUCGCUGAGGAUAGCUCAGCUUGAUUAACAGCAGGAUCCCAUAAAUUUAGGGAACAAGUGAAAAUUACAGUAUACCAGCAGCUACAGCAUAGCAAAUGCCACAGAUCAAUGUUCGGUGCAUACAGGUAAGACACUAUUUUUUAAAACAAACAUGAAGCAUGAAUGAGAAGCAAGAGAGAGACCUUCUCAAAGUACCAAACAUAACUUUCCAGAAAUAAUUUACCUUCAAGAGCAAAUGUAAUCUCCAUCCAAAGCAUGACAAUGUUAAGAAAUCAAUAAAGACAGUGAGAGAGUUGUCCCUACAAGCCAACUGGAUUCAGCAGUGCUGAAUAUGUUGCACAGCUAUGUCUAUGCUGACUUCUUGGGUCAACUCUAAGGUUGUUCUCAACUAGCCCAAAGCUACAAGAUCUGCACUUCCCCAUCUAUACCAUUCCUUGAGGCCCACACCAAAGCCAUCCACAUCAUGCUGCGUAGCUUAUGAUCUGUGAAGUAGAGCUCUUCUAGGAAUCAGUCUGUGGGACUCUUGUCUCUGCUUCCAGACUUGUCUCUGCUUCGGGGCAGUAGGCAGAGGAAGAGGGGUGUGGAAGGGCUGGGCUAUGCAAUUGCGGCAUUGCUCCUGGUGGACAUCUAUGCUUGAUGCCUGCAGCAUGAGGGUAAGUUUAGAAAGUGUAGGGCUAGGAGGCAGGUAGACACAGUGAACCUCAUACCCAGUUCAGCCGAGCUUCCAGGCUUGUGCUGAAGUGCUACUGAGAAUUGCACUUAGGAUUGACAGAAUAGGUGAUUAGUGACUGUAGGAGGCUCUUAAGGUCAUCCUCUGGUGUACCUCCUUGCGGGGGAGAGGUGGGGGGGUGGCGAUGAAACUUGGGACAUUAAUUUGCAUAUGUAACGGUAGCAUCCAUCAAGCUAAGUGACUCAAAACUGCAUCGAACCGCCUCUAAGUUUUAAUACAUAGCAACCAAAUUAAGUGGAUUUGUUUCAAAACCAAAGCCAAGAACAUACUGUACUGCUAAUCACUGAACGACACAGAUGACUGAUGCAUCCAAUCUCUAAGCUAAGCAUCUGAGCAGUAUAUUUUGAUUGUACUGUGAUCAGCAGAGCCCUUUGGGAUCUUCCUGGCAAAGCUGAAUUCUGUUGGAGAAAGCUGCUUCCAUUGGGAAGGCUUCUCAGGUCCCGGAUGCAAUUUCUGUUCAAAAUGAGAGACAAAAUGAGAGACAAAAAGGAAACCCUUCCCAGAAUAGCCAAUAGCCCUGUGACUCGGUUGCUAACCUGGCGUGUGGCUGACCCAGGCUCUGUGCUGAAUCAGGAACGCUAGAGACCUGACCCUGGUUGUCUACAUCUGACAUAAGGGCUUCAGCCCCUUGGCUGGUGGCUCUUCUGACAUGGCUCACUGCCUCUCUGAGGACUUUUGAAAAGCUUUGUUUUUGUCUUAAUGUACAAUGGAAAAAAAUUUGAAAGCUCAAAAAUGUUCCUGGGAUUCCUGCCUAGCACUAGUGAUCACAUUUUCUUUUCUGUGUGGUGUAUUUGGAGGUAACACCAGAGGACUGGGCUGCCUAGCCUGAGUGAAAGUUGGCUGACAGCAGCCAAGUAGCAAAUCAAGGCCAAGCGUCUCAAAUGACCGGUGCAUAGGAACAUAUGCCUCACUAUACUGAUCAGAUUGUUGUUCCAUGACGUCUGAUAUUCCACCUCCAGCAGCGGGCAGUUCCGGUAAUUAAAGGCUUAGGGACUUCCUUCUUUGGCUUAAUAACUCUCAAAGACUUGUCGCAUGAGUAACGGGCAGAGGAUCCGUCAGACCACUCAAUGACUGACUCAAGUCAACAGAAGGAGGUUUUUGAUCUCUGUCUUCGAUGGGCUAAAGAUCAGCCCUAAAGCAGGACUGAUCUGGUAACCUUGACUCAUGCUGAGUAGCGUUGUUCAGUGGGUUUAUUCAUAUAGGUAAGUCCUAUUUUAAACGAGUAAUGGUGUCAGAUUCUGGCUUUAAGGUAUUACACAGAGCUACGUCAGCCCCAGGAAAAAGCUGUGUGACUCCGUUCUAGCUUUAAAAAAUAAAAGUUUUAAAUCCCAAGUUAA